CACCUCACAAGCAUGUUUGCUCGGAUACCAUGCAUCAUCCGCGCGGGUGUCCAAGGCCUUCGUGGUAAAGCGGUACGAUUCUAUUCAAUCGUCUGAUGCAUUAUAGCAACUUGAUGAUUGCUUCCGAACACUCGAGUGCAAACCUUGACCGAACGCCAAAGAUGGUGUUCAAUGGUUUGCAAUGCUAUCCUCUAGAGGCAGAUGAGUAGGUUAUAAGGACAGUGCGAGGUGAUGACAAUGGUGAUGCAUCUCAAAGACGGCCUGACCGAGUUCCGCAGCUAUGCAAUCCCCCGAAGGCAUAUCCUACUGUAACCCCAGGACCAUCAACCUGCCACAUGUUGAAAAUCAAAGCACAACCCCAAUACACUCCUCACAGGACUCGAACGCGACUACGGCAUCUUUCUCAAAGGCACGACAAGCUGCGUUUGCAUCGCUCAACUGCGCCAGGUCCAUCACAAAAGCUGAAGAACUUGCCUGCCCGAGGAGUCAGCGACCCCCUUUCUCGAGACCUGAGCCACAGUCCUACGAAAACAUCCGACUUGCCUUUCCAACUACACGGGAGAUUCUAGUGGGCACCGAGGCCUCACCAGAGACACGACAGCUUCGCACACCAUCACCAGCAUCAAAUUGUAAUCACUCAGUCGGCACUUGUGCCAUGCCGCCAGCAAUAAGCCGAGAUUCUCGUCGAAAGACAGCUUGGCUCAAAUCCCGCGCACAGUAUGCACACGACCGCAAGCUCCAGCGUUACUCCACCCCUGAAAGUUGUGAGGUCUUACAAGAGCCAGACCGAAAUUGCUCCAACGAUUUCGGGCCCAUUCGCAAGCAAUCUGUCUUUGUUAAGGAAGAAGAGUUGAAGUGCCUGCUUGAAGAUCGAGCAGGUACCCCGCAUAUCAGCGAGCUGCAGCCUGACGACGACAUCAAUACUCAACUAGAUAUUGAGGAGCUGGGAAUGGGUGACGUGAUUGAGGUUUUGGUGGUCCGAAAAGAGCCGCAAAACGAGAUGAUACCCGAGAUUUGCUUUCCACGAGAUUAAUGAGGCUGUGUCGACCCGCUUUGGACAAGUGUACAGACUUCUAUGGUCUUGAAUUAUAGCAUAAAAGUACUUCAUUCUUUGGGUCUCGUUCUUUCCUCCCCGUCAAUCUCUAGAGCUGCGGUUUUGUGAGAUUGAUGCCGCCCCAAGCGAUGUUGACUUUGGCGUCAUGUAAGCGCCUCAUUGCGGUCAUGGGUAGUUAGCUAGUACUAGACAUGUCCGCCCGUUUUGGCAGUCAUGGUCCAUAGAAGUUUUUGCUUCUUACACUUAUACCUACUUUCUUUGAAAACAACAAGCGCCUACGUAAAGCCUUCAAGAGAGAGGCGGCUGUCAUAUUUAUGUGCUAAAGAUUGGUCGUCGCUCGAGUCACGCUAAUAAUUUCGUAGCACGGA